AUGCUACGAAGAGCUUUGAUUAAGCCCUGGCUUCCGAAUGGUUCAGCUGCUAAGUCCAUCAUAUGCGGACCCCAGACACCAGUCCCGGCUGCGCUGGGUGUUCGCUACUAUCAGUCGCUCGGGACAGGAGGUAAUAUCAAUGCACAAGGGCCACCGAAGUCGCGAUCCCGACUACGCAAAAUCCUGAACAUUGGUUUCUUUGGAUUCGCAUUCGCUAGCCUGGGCUUUUUCGUUGCUGUCAGCCCCGCCCUUCUGAACCUCUCGGCCAUAGCGCAGUCUGCAAACAAAAAACCCCAGACGUUUGUACCAGAGAAUGAAGAAACAGCUGUUGUGGAUGCCACAAUCAACAACCACCCGCUCGCGGCUGCUUUACGAAGCAGGCCAGGAAUGACAGAAUCGCGCCCACAUAUGAAGUUUCCAGAGGUUUUCCGCAAACAAAACCUCACGGGAGGCACGCUUCUUGGGCCCGGCCGACUGACUGUGCCCCCAAUCAUGUGGUUGGAAGAAGGUGGCAAGUCCUCGGUGACUAUCAUGCAUCUUGGGACGGAUAUGUGUGGACAUCCAAGAAUCGUGCAUGGAGGACUGUUGGCGACUCUUCUCGACGAAGGUCUCGCCAGGUGCUGUUUCGAUGCUUUACCCAGCAAGGUGGCUGUCACAGCCCGACUCGAGGUCAACUACAGAAAGCCCACACCAGCAGGCACAUUCGUGGUACUUCGGGCAGAAACCCAGCGAGUGGAGGGCAGAAAGGCGUGGGUCGCAGGCCGUAUCGAGACCUUGGUGGACGAAACCAAGGGCGAAAAGCCAGUCGUUCUUGUCGAGGCAAAUGGUCUUUUCAUCUCACCAAAGGCAGGCUUCUCCACGCUGCUGUCCAAAUUCACGUGA